AAAAUGAAUGGCUGAAAAAACAUUGGAACCAUGUCGGUGUUUUUAUGGGUAUUAUGACGCGUCCACUGUGGCGGACUGAACGAACUAGAGGCAACUAAUUUCCGGUUUAUAGGACUACAAACUGGCGAGCUCUAUUGAGACGGCUGUUACUUUUUUAAUUUAUGUAUUAAUAUAAUUUAGUCUAUGUUUGAUAUGAUAAACAUACGUUUAAUGCAAUUUGCUCUGUGCUUGUCAUUGCUGAGUUUGCUAAGUGCACAUGAUGUGAAGAUGUCAGCAGGGACCCACGCGCAAAACGCCAACUUCUGCCACAGGACGAGUUUCACUGGACACACGCGCCUAAGCUUCCUCCGAAAUAUGGUCGGGACUCAUACAUUGAUGUUAUAUGUGAGCGAAUGGUCAGGGAAGCAGCUUGUAAAAUGCUCAAUUAACGACGACCCUGUAGCCACUGCCAGUUACCUGUAUCUUUGCCGCCAAACGCGCUCGGAGAGCCUCGUGGAAUUAUCCCUCUUCAAUAUCAGGGCGUUGUUGAGUCCAGACAACCUGUGCACACUGAGUCCUGUCGAUGGAUUUAUCAAACAGACGAAAAAUGUCCCAUUGGAGCAACAACAUAUUUCGGGUGCAAAAUCCCGUAGGAAACGCGCCUGGGUAUUUCCUGGGACACUUUGGUGUGGCACUGGAAGCAAAGCGAUUGACUACAAACAGUUAGGAAUGUUUGAGCGAGCCGACAGGUGCUGCCGUGAGCAUGACCACUGCAGUAACACUAUCCCCUCCUUCACAGUGAACUAUGGUGUUUUCAAUCCGAACUUCUUCACCAUCUCACACUGUGACUGUGACCAAAGGUUUCGCCAGUGCCUCCAGCGUGUAAAUGAUACCAUCUCCAAUAUGGUUGGCUUCAGCUUCUUCAACCUCCUCAAGAUGCCCUGCUUCGAGUUCACUCCCAGGAGUCAAUGCACUGAGCUUAACUGGUGGGGAAUGUGCAAGGUGGCCAAGGUAGCCCCAUAUGCAGUCUUCAAAAAUCCCAAAGAUUACACCAUCAACCGCACAACAAGUAAACAUGGUGGCAGCAGUGACCCCCAAACCUCAGCAGGCACCGGGGAAAACCUGGUUACAGUGAGACCCUUGUCUAGCCCAACCAGGUUAAUCCCCAAAGGGAACCGCUCCAAGCUAUUUUCCCCCUCACGGGACUGUGUUCCAAGAGGUCCUCCCAGAGGAGACACCUUCCAGAUCAAGUACAGGAAAGGGAAAGGAUGCAGCAGGGGCAAGAAAACAUUCACAACUCAAACAACCACAAGUCAAACACAGACCAGCACGCCCUUAAUACAGACAACUGCAUCCCUGAUACCGAGGAGUGCAUCACAAAAACAGAAAACCACACCCACAACUCAGAGAACUGCUUUGAAAAUGAUUACAACAACAUCUCAGGUAAAAAUGAAAAAAACUGCUACACAAAAGACUGGAUCAAGAACUGAAAAAACAAUCUCGCAUCAAAAUCAAGCUACACCAAAGAAAAAAACAUGGUCACGACAGAGGACAACAUCCACAACAAUGCAGAGGACUAUAUCAACACCAAAGCCUUCCCCCCAUCCACAGACAACAACUUUAACAACCACAACUCUUAUACCCAAACUCCCAAAGGUUCUUAGGAAACUUCACAGUUGUGGACCUCCAAGAGGAGAUACCUUUCAGCCUCGCCGCUGGAGGGGGGAACGAGGCAAAGCCUGUUUGGAACAGAUAACUAAAACACCAACGACCAUAUCCUCGGCAAACAAGACUGCAUCACCAACCCAGAGGAGAAUAUUUCAAACUCAGAGAACAAUGUCCUCAAAUAAGAGAACAACAUCUGCAACUGUGAUGACUUCAUCUACCCUUUGGAAGAACACAAUUACUAAGAGGACCGCCUCCUCAAAGCUAAGGACCACACCUCUAAUACAAACCCCAACUGAGAGUGCACCAUCUAUGACAACAGAUAAUAUGCUUCUUUGUGGCACCCUCAAGCAUUUGGAUGAAUGUAAAUACAAAAUUCCCCCUUUAGAGAAGAGAUAUGAUCUCCACAACAUGGGAUCAAAGACUGUGUACCAUUGUGAUUGCACCCACAGGCUGGCUGAUCAGAUCAGACACUUGGAGAAGACCACAACUCUCCAAUCCCUCCUGCAGGACUUUGUAUCUCUAUCCUGCUUCAACGUGCCAAGUGUGAAAGACUGUCAUGGAGGGAAAAGCUGUACUGUUGGAUUUUCCCAAGCCACUGACCUAAUUCAAGUCCUUAAAAGCAUGGAGGAAAGAGGAAGACUUAAUGCUCAGAGCACAAGUAAAGACUCAAAAAGAGGGACUCCUAUUCGCCUCUACAAGCGAUGUCUGAGGAUCAUUGAGUCCAAGAAGCCUUGACUGAUGAUUCCCAAACAUCAGCACCCUUAAGUACCAGUUACUAGAAUGGGAAUGCAAUGCAUCUGUCCAACAUCACCCUCUAUUGUGUUUUUAAGAUUUUUAAGCCUUAAGAUGAUAAAUGUGGCAGAAGAACUUGAUUUGCUGCUGUUCGGUAUAGGAGGGAAUUCCAAAUACCUUCCAACUUUUCCCCAAAUCUUUGACCUCAACUGUAAGUAAUGAUCCACAACUAGAGUUGUACAGAAUUCUCCUGCUGAGGGUACUAUGAUCCCUGACAACAAUUUAAUAUAUUUAUAUUGAGUCUUUGUACUUCUAGAUUAAAACCCUUGAAUAUUACCAGUCUGUUACUUCAUUGUCUCACAUUACAAGAUUCCCUUAAGGUGCAUUAUUGUUUAGCCAAUAGCAUUUCUAAAAUUGCUCAAGAGGUGGCACCCUUAUACCUUUAACAGUAAGGUAAUUGACAUUCACACACUCAUUUGUUAUUUUUCUUAGUUUUAGUAUGUUAUGAAUUGAUCAUGUUGAAGUAAACAGUGUGGGAUUUUCACUUCUUACCUAAAGGCUUGAAAUUUUAAUAUUGUGUCAGAUGAUGAUCAUCAUUUACCUACCUUGUCACUACAAUCAGAAAAAGUACAGUAAUACUUUUAAGAAAACAAAUGAAACCAUGAGUAUUAAACAAACCCUGAUACAAUCUCAGCAUUACUAGGAAGUAUGUUUGUUGAAAUGUUUGUCGGCCAGGGGUCUCCAACAGGUAGAUCACGAGCUACCAGUUGCUCGCAGCCCACCUAUGAGUAACUUGCCAAUCAAUUCUGAAAGUACAUGCAUUUUUUCAUAUGUUCCAUCGCAAACUGUCAUAAACAUAGAGCUCCUGCUACUAUCCAAUCAAAGGCACAUUGACAUUAUCCCACCCCUGGUUAGCCACUACUGGCUUAAACAGGGCUGCCAACUUUUGAAAAAAGCUUGGAGUGAGAUUUGUUAUGUGAAUUUCUUUGCCCCCUGGCACAACCACUAUUUGUACAAUUGUACUGGUUUAAAGCUAAUUUCCUGCAAUUCAACAUAUUUUCACAUGGCUUAUGCAUAUGACACUGGUCAGGUGUAUUCAGGGUAUUUUGAACAUUAAAUGAACACGCAAUUUGA